AUGUCAUCUCAAACACACGAAGUCGUUUUCAAAACGACAAAAGACAAACAAUCUGUCAAAGCGGAUGUGAUCAUACCUUCAACAGCAUCAACAAGUCAAAAACCUCUUCCGGUUCUAGUAUGGUGGCAUGGAGGAGGCUUAUUACAAGGAACUCGAAAAGGACUUGCACCACAUUUACAAAAUGCUCCCGAAAAGCAUAAUGUGAUUGUUGUUUCUGCUGAUUAUCGUUUAGCACCUCAAGUUAGAAUGCCGGAAAUUUUAUCAGACGCAGGAGAUGUGUUAAGUUGGAUUCAAUCAGAUGCAUUUGCAAAAAUUACAAACAAUAAAGCAGAUCAAACUAAAGUCUUUGUCAGUGGAAGUUCUGCUGGAGGUUGGUUGGCACUUUUGACUGCAUCAGGAUUGGGUUUUAAAGAAUGUGGCUUAACACCACCCCCAAAGCCGGUUGGAUGUCUUGCAAUUUAUCCAAUCAGUGAUUUGAAAGAUUCGUUUUGGAAUACAAAACAACAUCCUGUCACCUACUUUCCUCGUGUUAUCGAUGGUGAAAAAGAGCUAGGCGAGAAUCUCGAUCCAAAAUCAGCCGUCUUGACCUUUUCCGCUUUGGAUUCUCCACGUUCUGUGUUUUACCAUUAUAUGAUCCAAGAAGCUCUUUUACCAUCUCUUCUACUAGAUGGAACAGGAAUCAAUCCAGAAGCUUUCUCGGUAGCUAAAGCAAUCUCUGAAGGAUCAAUCACUCUACCUCCCACAUUCAUAAUUCAUGGAAGCAUUGAUGAUAAAGUACCUCCAAGACAGGCUACUGAUGUUUAUGAGGCAGCAAAAGCGAAAGGCUUCAAAGAUAUUGAACUCAUUAUUGAAGAUGGAAAAGACCACCUUUAUGAUCGUGAUGAAAAGGAGGAUAUGGCAAGCAUGUAUGCAUUUUUAGCCAAAUACGCCGUCUAGGAAAGAUGUCUGUUCAUGCUAUUGUCAUUACAAUUUCAAAUUGAUGAAUAUAACACAAUCUAAAAAGCUACAUAUUCUUUCAAUUCUUGCCCAUCUAACCUUCUUUAUCAGUUACAGAAUCAGGGCUAUGAUGACCGGCUUCCAUAACACGAUGAUCGUUAUCGCUUUUGAAUUCUGGCAUAGAGGCAAUUGCUUCAGCAUUUUCUUCUUCUUCUUCUUCUUCUUCUUCUUCUUCUUCGGUAAUGUAAGCAUAACGCCAUAAAGAGAAAGCUGGAUUGUCGAAUAAACGAUUGAUCUGUUCCAAAUUACGUCCAGUGGUAUCGAGAACGCAAAAGUUAAGGACGCAAAUUGAAGCAAAGAAUGCAAAAGCACCAUACCUAACGGGUAGGGAAAAUUUCUGCUGAAAGCAGGUACGGUAAAGAGAACCAAUCUAUUGACCAAGCGAUGACAUGAACUUUGCUUU